CAAUUGUCUACCUCCACACCAUGUUCUUCGCCCGGCGAUCGGUGGCUUCCGCGCGGCUCGCGCUGCGCAACCAGCAGCCCCGGCGAUUCGACUCCCACGCUGCUCACCAUGCCGCACCUGUGAACGAGAGCUUCGGCCGCAGUUUCUACGUCACCAUCGGCACCUUCGCGUCCUGCUACGUCCUGUACCGACUGUCCAAGGCCAACGAGGAGUCGGGCUCCCCCUCAUGGAUCUCCAACCUCAUCCAGAAGUGGACCCCUUCGGAGCAGGUCUUUGAGCAGAGAAACGCCAUUCGCACGGCGGUGAUGGAGAAGGCUGCUAGUGACCGCCACUUGUUCGCCAGUCAGGGUCCCCGGGAGACCUUUGAAUUGAAGCAGCCUGAGGUCAGCUUCAACGCGAUCCCCCCCUACAACGUCUCCCCCGGUCAGAACGCAGAUCUGAGCCAUGUUGUCGCUCACUACCAGCGUCAGAACCAGGAGCUUGAGGCGGCCCGUGUGGCUCGCAUGAAGGACGGCAAGGUCGAGUCUCUUUACGAGUAGACAAACAACAAAAUUUGAUUCCAUUGUUUGUGUUAUGAAUAUGUCGGUAAUAGACAUGGGAAGCAGGGCUUGUUUGUUGUACAUAUAACCAGGCAGAGUUCAAGGUUCAUUCUUUUCCGUUCCA